AUGGAGAAAUACUCCCAGUUCCGAUCUGGAAUCGCUCCCUUCUUCCCCGUCGCCUCCACGCCCGCCGGCAUCUACUUUCCCGCCCACGUCUUCCUGUUCCUCUUCAAGCUGCCCUUCUUUGUCACCGUCGCCGCAACCUACUUUCUGUUCCUGCAGUGGUUCCCCCUCGGCUCACUAUUCAAGAAGGCCUUCCUCUGGAUGAUCCUGGGCAUACCGGGUAUAUGGUGGAUUGACCUGCAGAUCGACGGCGUCAAGAAGGGCUCGCUGGCGAAGAAGCACGAGGGUCGUGUGCCCCAGCCGGCGGAUAUCAUCGCAUCUUCGUUCACCUCUCCCAUCGACUCGCUGUAUUUAGCCGCCAUCUUUGAUCCCAUCUUCACUAUCUCCUAUCCGCACACCCGACAAGUGCAGUAUGUCUCGCUGCUUGGCGCAAUCCUGAGAGCCCUCUCACGACCACAUGAGUUCCCACCGGAGGGCGCCAAGAUGACGGAUUUGAAGACCUUGGUUGCGGAGCAUCCGAAGAGAGUGAUCGUGGUCUUCCCAGAAUGUACGACAACAAACGGAAAGGGAAUACUCCCGUUCAGUCCAAGUCUGCUGACUACGCCCUCAAGAACCAAGAUCUUCCCCAUCAGUCUUCGAUACUCGCCUCCGGACAUCACGACGCCCGUACCGAGACAGUACUGGGCGUUUAUAUGGAACCUCCUUUCGCAGCCGACACACUGUAUCCGAGUCCGCAUCGCGGAAGUUGUUUACAAUACAUCCAAACCCACCGACGAAGCGACCGAUAAUCGUGAUCGCUACCUGACUAAUUUCUUGGACACGCUAGGAGAAGAUUCCACCAUAAUGAGUAGUACAGAUACGUUGGUGAGUGUCGGUGAACAGCAAGAAGAAAUGAACGCAGACGAGAAGAAGGUGCUGGAUAAAUUGGGAGAAGCCUUAGCGCGACUCGGUAGAGUCAAGAGAGUAGGACUGACUCUGAAGGACAAAGUGGCGUUCGUGGACGCAUGGUCAAGGAGGAGAAAGUAA